AUGCUCCGACUCAGCAUUCUCGUGCUUUCUUUGAGUUCGCUCAUUUGGGGCAAGCCUUUGGCUAGCACCAUGAAAGUUCUUGGGCGGCGAGAGGCUCUGCCUGCGGGCUUUACACUGACUGAGCCAGCUUCUCCUGACACUAUACUCAAGCUGCGCAUUGCGCUCGCACAGAGCAACCCCGCCGGGCUCGAGGACGCCCUCUACGAUGUCAGCACUCCAUCAAGUCCAAACUAUGGCCAAUUCUUGACCAAGGAGGAGGCUGCGAGCUUUGUUGUGCCUUCACCCGAAACUCAAGCCACCGUGAACGCGUGGCUGGCACAGCACGAUAUCGAUGCGACACCUCUAACACCCUCCGGUGACUGGCUGAGCUUUCAGGUUCCAGUUAGCAAGGCGAACGAGAUCUUCGAGGCUGAAUUCAACGUCUAUACGCAUGGUGACACAGGGAGGCAGACAAUCCGGACGAUGUCAUACUCCAUCCCUCAAGAGCUGCAGGGCCAUCUCACCGUCGUCUACCCUACGACAACGCGUGCUCUGCAGUCUGACAACUCGGCCGUCGCCUCGUCGUGUGCGAAUGAGAUCACGCCGUCGUGCCUACAGUCUCUCUACGGCAUCCCUACCACGCCCGCCACGCAAAGCUCGAACAAGAUUGGCGUGGCUGGGUUUGACGAACAAUAUGCUGACGAUCAGGAUUUGAAGACCUUCCUCAAGACGUACCGUCCGGACACGUCUGACACCACUACAUUCACUGUGCAGACGCUGGAUGGAGGAUCCAACUCCCAGCAACCGUCAGAUGCAGGCACUGAGGCGAGCCUGGACAUUCAGUACACCGUUGGAGUUGCUACGAAUGUGUCUACGAUCUUCAUCUCGGCAGGGGAGCAAAACCAUGAUGGCGACCUCGAAGGGUUUCUAGACAUGGCAAAUUUCUUGCUCAACGAAGACUCGCUUCCACAGGUCUUCACGACCAGCUAUGGCCCUAAUGAGAAUGACAUACCGCUUGAUCUGUCUAUCAACGUGUGCAACGCCUACGCUCAACUGGGAGCCCGUGGUGUCUCAGUUCUCUUCGCAUCCGGUGACGGCGGAGUCUCGGGAACGCAAUAUGACUCUUCGUGCAGCGGCGAAUUCAUCGUGCCAUUCCCUUGUGGUUGCCCAUACCACACCAGCGUCGGUUCUACUAACGGAAUCAGCCCUGAAACCGCCGCAGACUUUUCUUCCGGGGGCUUUUCGAACUAUUUUGCGCGCCCGUCGUACCAGGAUACAGCUGUAUCCGCCUACCUUGACUUCCUCGGCGACAAGUACAAGGGGCUUUACAACGCGUCCGGACGCGGUUUCCCGGACAUCUCCACGCAGGGCGUGAACUUCGACGUGGUGAUCGACACGGAAGUGCAGCAAGUGAGCGGGACGAGCGCGUCGAGUCCGACGUUUGCGUCCGUCAUCGCACUCAUCAACGACGAGCUCAUUGCGGCGGGCAAGAGCCCUCUUGGAUUCCUCAACCCCUGGCUGUACUCGACGGCGUCCGACGCGCUGAACGACAUCACCGAGGGGGACAACCCGGGCUGCGGUACGGAUGGCUUCUCAGCAACGACUGGGUGGGAUCCGGUCACUGGAUGGGGGACCCCGAACUACGCCAAGUUGAGAGCUGCGGCUGGCUUGUAGAGGGUCGAGUUCGCGUUUUCCUGCCAGCAUUGUAGGCUGUUGUUUUCGCAUACCCGCCGCCACACCAGACAUAUCAGCCGAGUGGAUCGGGUCUGUCGGUAACCAGUAUUGUAGCUCCGCUUGAAUGAAGAUGAAGUGAUCAGCGUCUGAGUGCUUCC